GUGACGUCAUGUACUAACAACUACCGUAGUACUAGUACAACAACCACUGUCUAUGAGUAGUGUCCGUCUGCCCGAGUUGAACGCUUUUAGCCAACGAAAGUGGAAGAGAUGUCUCGAAGCGUAAAAAAGCUCACUGGUCUCGUGGCAGCUACAUUCACGCCACUUACUGCAGAGGGGGAGAUCAAUCUCUCUGUAAUUGGACCAUACAUUGAUUACCUAAUAGAAAAACAGAAUGUCAAGAGUGUGUUUGUUAACGGGACAACAGGCGAGGGCUGUUCUCUUACUGUGGAAGAAAGGAAGCAGAUUGCUGCAGCUUGGUGCCAACUGGGAAAGGGCAAGCUUGAGCAAGUGAUUGUUCAUGUUGGCUGCAUGAGUAUAAAAGACUCUCAAGAACUGGCUCGGCAUGCCGCCAGUAUAGGGGUUGACGGCAUAGCAGUAAUCUCCCCUUCCUUUUUCAAACCCAUUAAUGCAGAUGCCUUGAGGUUGUUUAUAAAGGAAGUGAGCACCUCAGCUCCAGAUGUUCCAAUGUAUUAUUAUCAUAUUCCAGCCAUGACCGGCGUUGACUUGGAGGCAGCUGAUGUGCUAAAUGGUAUAGAGCAGAUUAUCCCCUCUUUUCAGGGAGUGAAAUACAGUGGGACUGACCUGAGGGAUCUCGGGCAGUGUGUCCGUUACUGUCAGUCCCAUAACUGGUCUGUCUUGUUUGGAGUAGAUGAGCAACUCUUGGGAGCUUUGGUACUAGGUGUUCAUGGAGCAGUAGGAAGCACAUAUAACUACCUCGGACUCAAAGUGAACCAGAUGCUCUCUGCUUUUGAUAACGGCAACCUCAUGCAGUCCAGAGCCCAGCAGCUUGAAUUUAUGGAGGUCAUCACAUUUGCUAUGAACCUUGGUUUUGAUGUGGGUGUGAAUAAGCAGGUGAUGAGUGAAGUGUCAGGGUUAGUGCUGGGUCCUCCCCGACUCCCGGUGCUGCCAUGCCCCAUCUCAAAGGCCCAGGCUAUAGCACAAAAAAUCAAGGAUUUCUCUCAGAGACAUUAAAAUAAAAGUAGAAAUAUCAGUGAACCUACUUGAAAUUGCAAAAAAAAAAAAAAAAAGAUUAGUAUUGUUAAACUGUUCUUUACACUACAGUUUUUUGGUGUACUGCAUCUUAUAUUUGCAUGCUUUUUACAUUUCGUACAUUAGACUUGAUUUUCCUUUUUUUAUAAUAUUAACACAUAUAUUAAAUCUGUAAAAAAAACAUUUACUUUCAUAUAUUUAUUUAAUAGCAUUACAAUGAACCUACUUGAAUUACUCAAAAUAUUUAAGAAUAAUCCUCAGACUGAUUUCUUUACACCAUUGAUAUACUGCAUUUUGUAUGCCUAAAUCUUUUUCUUUUCUACAUUUUUUUUUUUUUACAUAUUCUUUAAUACUGUAUUAAUUACACUCUUUUGGCUGGUGCUGAUGUAAUUGUAAAUGGACCAUUAGCAUGAAACAAAAGUUUCUUAAGUUUGCAGAUUUGUAUAUUUCCACAUACAAAAAGGGACAUUUUUAUAUCUUGAAAUUAACUGAAUAAAGAUUAUGAUUCAAAA